UGAGCCGUGGUGCUAGUCGCACGUCCGUUCUGCGUUGCUCCGCGUGUUUAUUUUUCUCAGUGUUCAGUUUCAUUUGCCAUUCAGUGAUGUGACGCUCCUUCGUGGUGUGUAGCAGCGGACAGUAGUGCGUAGGAGAACAUAAAUAAGUUCUGUGUGGAAUGAAUAAACAGCAUGAGAGCAGCAAGUCGAGUGGUACGCGUUUAAGCCGAAAGUGACGACACGGCGACGGUGGUGGUGGUGUUAGUGUAAAGGAACGCACGGACUGAAGUGCCUCCACACUACAAUAAUAAGCGUAAUCUCGACAAAUGUGGGAUCCCGGUCUGUAGUGACUGAAACGUUCGAUGGAAACCGUAUAUGUGUGUUAUGAUGGCAGCCAGUUCAGAAAUUGUGAGCUACAAAUUGAUCCCAAGUGACGGGGUUCUAGCGGAAGGCUAGUUUAAUGGAAACGCUGUGAUGUUUGGAAAAGUGUUGGAAGUGUGGAAACGAGUGCUCAAAGUGACCUAAACCAUCUGUGGUUUCGAGGAAUCUUGCCGUUUUUUACUUGUUCGGAUGCUCAUCGCUGCAUCAACACUAGGUCCCAAAGUGCGUCGGUGUUCGUAAACCCCAUAACAACCCGCAGCGAGAGAGCGAACAGACCGAACGGACCGAGAGAAGGAUCUCCGGCUGUGUUUGUGAAUGUUCUGAAGUUGCGAGAUCUACAGAUCAGGCAGCAUCAGCAUUCAUCCCCGUGCUCAACAUACGCAUCGGAUCUCCGACCAUAACGACGGCGUGUGAUGAUCAUCCGCAUACAUUUUGGUGCUUGCAAGAGAAGAGUGUUUUCAGUUUUGACAAGUGAGCAUCGUCUGCACUGCCUUUGGGCAGAUGAGAGCAGCUAAGUGAUAUCGGAAAAGUGAAAGAAGAAAUAAUUGAAUACGAAUCGGAUAAGUGUUCUCAGAAGCGCUGACAUCUCUGUGGCCGGAAUUCAUAGGUUCUCGGAAUAGCGAGGAAUCUACGUGCGUGUGAUGUGUUAUGUUGCUGUAUGAUCAGGUGGUGCAGUGUUGAGAAUGACGAGAUGGCCUACGGGUCGAAGAUUUCGCGUUUGUCGCGAGCUAUCAUCCGCCAACGUCCGCGCGAAAGGAUCGCGAAACAUCCACCCAUCGCAGCCGGAAGCCGGCACUGGAUCCUGAUACUUGCGCUGGUACUGUUGGGAGGAUUGCCGUUGCAGCAAAAUGUUUUAUGCUUGGCCAGCGGCAUCGCGAACCAGUUGCUCUACACCACAUACAUCGACAUUCGGUUGGCGAAUGUUAGCAUCCAGCAGAACAUCACCUGCUCGGUGGAGAUUCUGGUCAAGGAUCUGAACGAGGCGUCCGCGAUGGACUUCUACCACGCGCGGGGACUGGUUUGCUUCACCGAACACAACUCGGAAACGAUCCAGUGCGCCCAGAUGGUGAGGGACGGUGGCGCCGGCGGCGGCAGCGGUGGCCUUGGAUCCCUGCAGGUCACCAACAAAACAGCUGUGAUAACCAGCGGGUUGGAUAAGCCCGAGGGCCUAGCGAUAGAUUGGUACACCGAUAAGCUGUACUGGACCGACGGUGAGACGAACCGGAUUGAGGUGGCGACACUUGACGGCCGGUUCCAGAAGGUUCUCGUCUGGAGCGAUCUGGAUCAGCCGCGUGCUAUAGCACUUGUGCCAGCGCAAAAGCUCAUGAUCUGGACGGAUUGGGGCGAGAGUCCGAAGAUUGAACGAGCCAGCAUGGACGGUGAUCCGAACUCGCGGACGGUACUGGUGCAUGAGCGCAUUUUUUGGCCCAAUGGCUUGGCGGUUGACCUGGAAAAAGAAUUGAUCUACUGGGUGGAUGGAAAUCUGCACUUUCUUGACGUCAUGAAUCUGGAUGGAAGCGACCGGCGAACGCUGGUGAAUAAUCUCGAGUACCCUUAUAGUUUAACCUUCGCACCGAACGUUCUCUACUGGACGGACUGGCAGGAUGGUACGCUCCAUUACUACAACAUUGCCACCGAAAAACAUGAGGAAAUUCUUGACAGUCCGGUCGUUCCGAUAACCGUCCACGUAUGGGACGCACGCCUCCAACCGGUAGCGGACAAUCCAUGUCGGCACGAUAACGGAAACUGCUCUCAUCUUUGCUUGCUGUCCACGAACGAGGCCGGUUACAGUUGCGCCUGUCCCACAGGAGUUAAACUGUUAACACCUACCCAGUGUGCCGAAGGACCCCAGGAUAUGCUGUUCGUCGUACAGCGAACCCAGAUUAGCCGGAUAUCGUUGGACUCGCCGGAUUACACCAGCAUCCAGCUGCAGCUCGGGAAGGUACGGUACGCGAUCGCCAUCGAUUACGAUCCGGUGGAGAACUACAUCUACUGGUCGGACGAGGGUUCCAACGCGAUCAAGAAGGUUCACCCGGAUGGGACCGGUAUGGUCGAGGUGGUCAACACCGAGGUUCAAAGUCCGGAUGGACUGGCGAUCGAUUGGUUGGCACGCAAUCUCUACUGGACCGAUACGGGCACGGACAGGAUUCAGGUUUGUCGACUGGAUGGGUCGUUCAGAAGGGUACUUAUUUACGAAAACCUGGAGGAACCACGAGCGAUCGCGUUGGCACCGACGAUUGGGUGGAUGUUUUGGAGCGAUUGGAGUGAGAAAGAUCCCAAACUGGAACGAUCUUCGUUGGAUGGGACGGAGCGGGUGCUGAUUGUACAGCAGAAUUUGGGGUGGCCCAACGGAAUCGCUCUGGACGUCGACACCCGCAAAGUUUACUGGUGCGAUGCAAAGAUGGACCGGAUAGAGGUAGCCAACAUGGAUGGAUCCGGAAGGAAUGUAAUCCUAUCGGAUAACCUGCCACACGCUUUCGGGCUGAGUUUGCUAGGUGAUUACCUCUACUGGACGGAUUGGCAGCGGAGAUCAAUCGAUCGGGCGAACAAGCUGAACGGCAACGAUCGCACCGUUAUCGUUGAAGCAUUUCCCGAUUUGAUGGGCUUGAAGGUGGCUAAGUUGAGCGAUGUGAAAGGAACGAACCCUUGCGCGGUCAAAAAUGGAGGCUGUUCGCAGCUGUGCCUGAACCGACCGAAAGAUUACGUCUGCCGGUGCCACAUCGAUUACGAGCUGGACCGUGACAAUCAAACCUGCUUCGUCCCUUCAGCAUUUCUAAUGUUCUCUAGACACGAUACAGGCAGUAUCGGGCGAAUAUCUAUCGAUAGUCACACCCACACCGAUUAUGCCCCCUUUCGGGGCGUUGUGGACGCCCACUAUCUGGAUGUAGAUAUUACCGAUCGAAGAAUCUACUGGGCUAGCCAAAAGCAGAAGCAUAUCUCCCGAGCCUAUAUAAACGGAUCCAACGUUGAAAGGAUUGUGGAAUCGGGGUUGAUACAACCCGAGGGAAUCGCGGUAGACUGGCUCGCUCACAACAUCUACUGGACGGAUGCGGAAGCACGUCGAAUUGAGGUUGCGCGGUUGGACGGGAGCAGUCGCCGUAUCCUAAUCUGGAAGGGAAUCGAAGAACCGAGGAACUUGAUUCUUGAACCACGUCGGGGUCUCAUGUACUGGGCGGAGUGGCCCUCGGACUCGAUCCGUCGAGCAAUCAUGGACGGGAGUGAGCUCAAAACGAUAAUCUCUGGAGCUAAUUUGGCCACUGGACUAACCUUGGACCCGGACACUCGCCGCCUCUAUUGGGCCAGUCAAAGUUCGCCAACGGCGAUCGAAUCGGCCGAGUGGGAUGGUAGCAAACGCAAGGUCCUGAUAACGGCCGAAAGUGACAACCAGUUCGUUCCGCACGCGGUUACCCUCUACAAAGACUACGUCUACUGGAGUGAUUGGAACACGGGCGAGAUCGAGCGCGCUAAUAAAACGAGCGGUGACAAUCGUACCAUCGUUCACACCAACCUGAAGUACACGAAUUCUCUGCUGGCGUUCCACCCCUUUCGCCAGUCCGGAUCGAAUCAGUGUCGCACGAACAAUGGCGGAUGUUCGCAUCUCUGUCUGGCUCUCGGACAGCGCAAGAUGACCUGCGCGUGUCCAACUCAUUACACGCUCAACCAGAACCGAGUGUCAUGUAGUCCCCCGAAAAACUACCUUAUCUUCAGCCAACGAAACUCGUUCGGGCGGUUUAUGCCAAACACGACCGACUCGCCGGACGUUCCGCUUCCGGUGACUGGGAAGAAUAUACGGGCUGUGGAGUAUGAUGUUCUAACGCGAUACGUUUACUGGAUCGACGGACGAGGACCCAUCAUCCGGCGGGCGUUCGACAACGGAACCAACUCCAAGGUGUUCAUCGAUCCUGCCUCCUCUCCGUUCGAUAUGGUAAUCGAUCCGAUAGGGAGGCUCCUGUUUUGGAGCUGCUCGCACACCAACACCAUCAAUAUCACAACCUUGGAUGGCGAAGUGGAACGUAUCGGCAACGUGGACAUAGGCAACUCGGAGAAACCCCGCAGUCUGGUGCUGCAUCCCACCAGGCGCUAUCUCUACUGGACCGACGUCGGUACGGCACAGUCCAUCACCCGGGCCAAGUUGGAUGGCUCGCAGCGGAAGGAGCUGGUUUCGAAGCUGGAAGGCAUCACGGCGCUUGCGCUGGAUCCGCAGCUGAACCGGUUGUUUUAUGCGCACGGCAAGCGGAUCGAUAUGAUGGAUAUCGAGGGGAAGGAAAUCAAAACCCUAGUAGCGGAACACAUCAGCUUGGUAUCGUCGAUUGCUGCCUUGAACGGCUAUGUCUACUGGUUGGAUGAGCGCCCGGGAAUGGAGCGGAUAUCGGUCCAGGGUGAGUACCGGCGAACGGAGAUCCAGAAAAUCCCCCACAUCACCGAUAUCGUGGCCGUGUGGAUGCCGGAACCAAGAACGCUCCGGAAUCACACGUGUAACUCGGCCCGUGCCAAGUGUAGCCACAUCUGCAUCGGAUCGCCAGAUGACUCGAAGGGUGACGAUGUUUGUGCCUGUCCGAAGGGGUUGAUGUUGAUGAAGGACCGGAGAAGCUGUGGAGCCCUACCGGUUUGUGGUCCGGAUCAUUUCACGUGUGCGGUGACAUUCUCCAGCAACGGGAUAGACGGUGACAACAAUAAGGACUGUAUUCCGGUUUCGUGGCGUUGCGACGGCCAGAAGGAUUGUCCGGAUCGAUCGGAUGAGCUGGAUUGUCCUGCCUGUCGGGCGGAUCAGUUUAAGUGCCAGUCGGGUGAGUGUAUCGAUAAGCAUUUGGUCUGUGAUGGGACGACCCAGUGUUUGGAUGGUUACGAUGAGGCGGUUUGCUGUAAGAAUCCCGAAGACUUUCAGUGUCCCACGAGUAAAGUUUGUAUAUCGUACCACAAUGUGUGCGAUGGUGAUGAGCACUGUGCCAACGGAGAAGACGAAGCACCCGAUAUCUGCGCAGAGUACAAUAACAAACGGAUGGCUCCAAGUGGCAGUAAAAUUACGAUGCUGAUCGUGGUUGUUAUUGCGGUUGCCGUCGUAUUCAUCGUUGUGUAUCUGCUGCAGACCUGUCGGUCUAGGUUCGUUGCAGGGUCAACAGAACCAAAGGAGGAUCAGGCGGCAGCACCGCUGUCUCCAGGCAUCAACAAAAACAUUCGCGUCUCCAAGUUAACCUCGGUAGCGGAGGCGGUUCGAAUGUCCACACUGAACAGUCGCAACAGCACGAACAGUUACGACCGGAACCACAUUACCGGAGCCUCAAGUUCCACCACCAAUGGAAGUAGUCUCAUCGACUACCCGUUGAAUCCACCACCCUCCCCAGCCACGACUGCCGUUUCGGGAAGGUACUCCUCAAAGUCCCAUCCCUAUAGAAACUACAAGUUCAUAAAUCAACCCCCGCCUCCGACGCCCUGCUCGACUGACGUUUGUGACGACAGCGAUUCCAACUACACCAGCAAAAGUGCCCGCAGCCGGGAGCGGGUCAAUGGUCUUCCCGGCGGUGGCGGAAGCACUAUGAGUGGCGGCCGGGGUGGUGCCAAUGCCAAAUACAAAAACAGUGACCGGUACGAUUCCGAGCCGUAUCCGCCGCCACCAACGCCUCGCUCCCACUAUCACAGUGAUGUGGGCGGUAUGCUGCCCGAGAGCUGUCCACCUUCGCCGAGUUCGCGAAGUUCGACAUACUUUUCGCCCCUUCCUCCACCGCCAUCGCCUGUUCCAUCGCCUUCGAGGGGAUACUCAUAGCGGUAGGCUCGGGUAGGCGCUCGGGGCGUCAUUUGUAGCUCGCUAGGGUCGAACGGUGCGAAACGCUGUGUUCGUGUUGUUUAAUUUCUGGCUAUUUUUGUUAUAGCGAAUGGAUGAUUUAGAUAGGAUUAAUGUAGUACCGAACGAAUUAAUGUGUAAAUAUUUAUUUUCAUCUGAUCGCGCUUUAGAAUUUUGCUAGCAAUAUUAGACCGUAAGGGAAUCCAGAAUUGAAUGCAAGAUGUUUUUGAGGGCAGCUCCCAACACAUUGUGUGUGUGUGUGGUUACAAAGUCGUAUCUCCCGUCUUCCAGGAACCAGAAAAAUAAACAAAACAAAAUAUUAAGCAACAAAAAUAUAAAUUUCAAGCAACCAAGUGCCUAAUCGAAACGAAACGAAACAGAAAAUAACGAGUUAUGGAGUGAAAGAAGCGCGUAUCACGCUUGCUGAUAGCUUUAAAAAAGUUGACAGAGUUUAUUAUUGAUAAAUCUAACGCAGUGAGAGUGUGUAUUGUAAAUAUCUUCCGAAAAGCAUCAUGAUUUCAGAGAGUCCCUCACAGCCAAAAUAAAACUUAAGAUCAUCGUUUGAGGUUAGAAGACACACAGAAGAAGAGAGCACAUUUCCGAUUUUUCCUAAGUUAUCAAUGAGAUUAUUCCUCGCAAUAAUAGUUUUUGUGUAUUCGGUGGUGUCGUUGUGCGUAAAGAUUUCUUCAUCCCUAUUAUAUUGGUGAAAAAUUUGGGAACACGAAAAUUGUGCCGCAGAAAAUGCACUAGAAGGAAAUGUGCUCAAAAGACUGACUUAUGAAUGUGUAUAGUAUGCAUAUGAACAAAUUAAAUAUAUUUAAAAACCAUUUCAUGCUGACCAGUGUAUGCGAUGGUAAUCGGUAAUCGGUAAUGAAUUAGAGAGACUUUACUGUUAGUGUGAAAACAUAUUGGCGAUGAAAUUAUACACCGCCAAAAUAAAUUGCCUCUUGUCACGAGCUUAAAGAUAGCUUUUAAGAAUUCAUAUUUAAGGUGAGUUAUAGAGACAGAAAAAGCUAUAGUUUUUAAAUUGUUGUACAAAAUUAUACAAAGCUAUUUCCAA